AUGCUUGCCACAGGCUUGCAUGAGCCUGUCAGCCUGCGGGCCGUUCCGCCACAAGAAUGGCCCGUUGGCCAGGAUUCAACCAGCACCCAAUCGCAGCUCAGCAUGGCAGCCACGAUGGCCGUUGUCACGGCCGCCGCCUCCGUAGCCGUGCACUGGCUCCUCAGCUCGUUCCUCCAGACACCGCCGCAUCCCGUGCUAAGCUUCAUUGUAUCGGCCUUCCUCGUCGUCGCCAUCGCGGCGGUGGCCGGGAAGCGUGGCGCCAGCAACGCGCCGCCGGGGCCAGCGGCCGUGCCGGUGUUCGGCAACUGGCUGCAGGUGGGCAACGACCUGAACCACCGCCUCCUGGCGCGCCUCUCCGCGCGGUACGGUCCCGUGUUCCGGCUCCGGCUCGGCGUGCGCAACCUGGUGGUGGUGUCGGACCCGCGGCUCGCCACGGAGGUGCUCCACACGCAGGGCGUCGAGUUCGGCUCCCGCCCGCGGAACGUCGUGUUCGACAUCUUCACCGCCAACGGGUCCGACAUGGUCUUCACCGAGUACGGCGACCACUGGCGCCGCAUGCGCCGCGUCAUGACGCUGCCCUUCUUCACCGCGCGCGUCGUGCAGCAGUACAGGGCCAUGUGGGAGGCCGAGAUGGACCACGUCGUCUCCGACCUGCGCGCCGACAAGAUGGCGCAUGUCGCCGGCGUCGUGGUGCGCCGCAGGCUGCAGCUCAUGCUCUACAACAUCAUGUACCGCAUGAUGUUCGACGCGAAGUUCGAGUCCGUCGACGACCCCAUGUUCGUCCAGGCCACCAGGUUCAACUCCGAGCGCAGCCGCCUCGCGCAGAGCUUCGAGUACAACUACGGCGACUUCAUCCCCGUCCUCAGACCUUUCCUGCGCGGCUACCUCAACAAAUGCAGGGACUUGCAGACCAGGAGGCUUGCAUUCUUCAACACCAAUUACGUCGAGAAGAGAAGAAAGGUGAUGGACACUCCGGGAGACAAGGACAAGCUCCGGUGCGCUAUCGACCACGUGCUGGCAGCGGAGAAGAGCGGCGAGAUCACGCCGGAGAACGUCAUCUACAUCGUCGAGAACAUCAACGUGGCGGCCAUCGAGACGACGCUCUGGUCCAUCGAGUGGGCGCUCGCCGAGGUCGUCAACCACCCGGACGUGCAGCGCAAGGUCCGCCGCGAGAUCAAGGACGUGCUCGGCGACGACGAGCCCAUCACCGAGUCCAACAUCGGCAGGCUGCCGUACCUGCAGGCCGUCAUCAAGGAGGCGCUGCGGCUGCACUGCCCCAUCCCGCUGCUCGUCCCCCACAUGAACCUCGAGGAUGCCAAGCUCGGCGGCUACGCCAUCCCCAAGGGCUCCAAGGUCGUCGUCAACGCGUGGUGGCUGUCCAACAACCCGGAGCUGUGGGAGAAGCCAGAGGAGUUCAGGCCGGAGAGGUUCAUUGGCGAGGAGAGCAGCGUGGACGCCGCCGUCGGCGGCAAGGUGGACUUCAGGUUCCUCCCGUUCGGCAUGGGACGCCGCAGCUGCCCCGGUAUCAUCCUCGCGCUGCCCAUCCUCGCCCUCAUCGUCGGGAAGCUCGUGAGGAGCUUCGAGAUGGUACCUCCGCCGGGCGUGGACAAGCUCGACGUGAGCGAGAAAGGCGGGCAAUUCAGCCUGCACAUUGCCAAUCACUCCGUCGUCGCCUUCCACCCCAUAUCUCCAUGA